UUCAGGGCCACCUACGAUGGCAACCAUGACAGUUUCAGGGUGGAGUUCCUGUUGUUCCUGUUGGAUCUCGCUGUUCUCAUCAACCACGACUUCUCUUUCCUAGAGAUCCUUUGGACAUUCUCCAUCUACCUGGAGUGUGCCAUCCUGCCUCAGCUCUUCAUGAUCAGCAAGACCGGCGAGGCGGAGACGAUCACCACCCACUACCUGUUCUGCCUGGGCCUGUAUCGAGCUCUCUAUCUCUUCAACUGGAUCUGGCGUUACUACUUUGAGGGCUUCUUUGACAUGAUCGCCAUUGUGGCUGGUGUGGUCCAGACUGUCCUCUACUGUGACUUCUUCUACCUUUAUGUCACCAAAGUGUUGAAAGGCAAGAAGCUGAGUCUGCCGGCGUAAAACGUAGAGGAGGAGACGGCGACUCCA